CUUCGUCCAUGGAGGGAACUUCAUAAGUCUCUCUCUCUCUCUCUCUCUCUCUGGAUUGGUCACUCUCUGAUCUUUCUAUCAUGGAGGAAAAAGACAGCACUGUUUUCGGGUCAAUGUCGGAUUCUGGGACAGACUCACCGUCGCCUGUGACAAGCUUCGCCGCUUCAACCGCCGUCGCCACGACGGAAGGAGAGACUUCUCCGCCGGAGCCACCGUCCAACAACAACGUUACGAGCACGAACGUUACCGGUUCCGGGCCAGUGACGCCAUUCUCAGGCUCGAUGACGUCACCGGUAGGGACCACUACGGCGAUUCCGGUGGCGGCGGAGGGGAGCAACGGCGGCGAUAUGUCUGGGAAGAGGAAGAGAGGGAGACCGAGGAAGUACGAUGCGGAGGGGAACUUGAUUGUACGGUCGCCGCCGCCUACGGAGAAUUUGGCUAAGAAGAACAGAAGCAAAGGCUUUGGCACUGGUAAUUGCUUCAUCAGUGAACUAUUUGAAAGAACAGCCGGAGAGGACUUCACACCACAUAUCAUCACUGUCAACACCGGAGAGGAUUUGACCGGUAAGAUUCUGUCGUUUACGCAAAAGGGUCCUCGAGGAAUCUGCGUUUUAUCAGCAAUUGGAACCGUUUCUAACGUCAGAAUUCGGCAUCCCGGAUCCGCCGGAGGCAUCCUCACCUACGAGGGCUUGUUCGAGAUAUUAACGUUAACGGGUUCAUAUGUGAUAACUGAAAUCGGAGGCAUAUGGAACAAAACCGGAGGUUUGAGCGUUUCGUUGGCCGGACCCGAUGGCCGUGUCAUUGGCGGAGUUGUUGAUGGAGUUCUCACAGCUUCUAGCCCCAUCCAAGUUGUGAUUGGAAGUUUCUUAACGUUUGGUGCGAAACCUCAAAAGAGGAAGUACAAACGUAGAUCCUCCGUGGUUACUCCUGCAUUACCCUCGGCUGAUGUCGUGUCCACAGGACAAGUUCCCGAGACGAAACCCAAGAACGAGCCACUGCAGUCGGAGAACGCAGAAUCUUCGGGAUGGAACAACUCAGAACCCGAACAAAACCGUGUGAUUUCGCCCGAAAUCAACGUUUCAGAUGCAAGAGAAAUAAGAUCUUGAGACUUAAAAAAAGGGGUUCAUCAUCAUCAUCAUCAUCAUAAUCUAACCAUCUCACAGGUUGACAUGAGAGCUUCUAUAGUAAAGACUUUAGAUCGAUUUAUGAACAAAAUAACUUCAUAGUGUUUUUGGUUCGGGUUGAACGUUUAGCUUUUGAAAUGUUUCAACAUUGGUUUAUC